AUGUCUGAAAAUAAUCGUAACGGAUUGCCUAGUUCAAACGCCCGACUCGUUGUAAAGACAUCUGAGGAAUUAAAUAUUCAUGUUUCCUACAGCACAAGCGCAGAAGUUUUCCAUGAGCGUUAUGUGCAAGGUGAGAAACUUGGUGGUGGUGGCUUUGGCUGUGUUUACCGGGGCACUUGUCGCGAGAACCUCGAAUCUGCGGUCAUAAAAGAGAUUGAUUCAGCGCGAGUGCCGUGUUGGUGCCGUCUGGACGGUGUGUUGGUGCCGCUUGAGGUGGUUCUCCUAACCAAAGUCAAUCAACUGCCGGGUAUUGUGAAACUACUGGAUGUAUUCAACCUUCAGAACAAUUGGUAUAUUGUCAUGAAGGGCAACAAAGAAUCAGUCUGUGAUAUGUUCGACUACAUCUGUGAACGGGGUACUCUUGAUGAAGCCGAGUCGGCUUUUAUAAUGUACCAACUUAUUGGAAUUUUGCUGCAAUGCCACGUCGCCGGCGUGCUCCAUCGUGAUCUCAAAGACGAAAAUCUUCUCAUCGAUAGACACACCAAGGAAAUCCAGCUAAUUGAUUUCGGAUCGGGCGCUUUUUUGCACGACGGGGAAUACACAGACUUUGAUGGUACUCGGGUGUACUGCCCUCCAGAAUGGAUUAAUCGAAAUGCCUACCACGGGAAACCUGCAGAGGUCUGGUCUGUUGGGGUACUGCUCUUUGAUAUGCUAAACGGGGAUGUCCCCUUCAUCAACGACAAAGGAAUUACGAGUGGUCGACUUCGCUUUCGUAGGGACGGCCUUAGUGACGUUGUUCGGAAUCUUAUGCACUGUUGUAUGCACCGGAAUGCCGAGAUGCGACCAACUCUGUUGCAGAUCCUCCACCACCCAUGGCUGUUGCGGUAUCGGCACGUUGUCGGUCGACAGUCUCCCCUAUCUGCUCAGUAUGCUAUCUCUCAGGUCUCAAUGGGUAUUACCCCACAUCUGAGCACCUCCGUUACUGUUCGUUCGGGUCUGAACAGUCUAGCUCACGGAGUCCACCGACAUUCGGUCGAUGGUGCUGUAUCUGCCCAGCCUGUACAAAUCGUUAAGGUGGUGAGUAACACGGCCCCGGCAUUUGCUCAAGCAAUUGCUGCCGAUGGCCAGACUACUGUUGGUGCUACUCCACAUCUAAGCACCUCUGUUACCGUUCGUUCGGGCCUGAACAGUCUGGCUCACGAAGUCCAUCGACAGUCGGUCGAUGGCGCAGUGUCUGUCCCACCUUUACAAAUCGUUAAAGUGGUGGGUAACGCGGCCCCAGCAGUUGGUGUCGAUGGUCAAUUUUUUCGCUGCCCAAACGAUAGUCAGAAUGCCGCACCACCCCAAGAGAAUUGCCAGCUAUCCGAAUUAGCACGAGCGCACUCAAACGGGUCCUACGCCAGCUCAGGCUAUUAUACGCGAUCUAACUCGCUUUGCUUUGAGGAAGAGAGGAGCAGGAAAGGAGGAUUUGGUAUUGCUUAUUUGAUGGGAAAUACCCAGUGCAGUCAGCCCGUUCUCACCGACAUCAAUGAUAGCCAGCAGUGGCGGGAAAAGGCGAGCACUGGCUCAUCCACAGAUAGCAACAUCUGGAGAGGUGCAUUCCGUCCGCCUAGUUGUGAUUCCUCAAAAACCAUCCCCGGAUUCCAUCAUUCGGCAAACAUCUCCUGUACCAACCUACGCUGUCUUGACCACGUAGAUUCGCAUCCCCCACAGACGACCCACUCCAGGUCCCCUGACGAGGGCCUUCCUCCGAACAUUUUUGACGGAAUUACUAUUUCUGCUGCUCGACAAUCCAAUGAGGGUGAAUCGAGGCGAACCACUUGA